AUGGCCGAUGGGGCUGAUGUGCGCGGAUAUUUUCAUUGGUCACUUACAGACAAUUUCGAGUGGGCGGAAGGUUACGAUCCCCAUUUCGGUCUGUACCGAAUGGCAGAUCCCUACAACGAAGACUGCUCACGUGUCGCGACUGCCGGCGCCUUCACUUACAAACAGAUUUUGCAGAAUAUUGGCACAGUAACAGCCGCUCUCCGUGAGAAGUAUGGAGGUUAUGGCCCCAUGACGCCAGAGACAGAGAAAGUUGGAGACUUCCCUGACGCCCCCCCCCCCAGCAAACAUAACCUAUUAAAGACCACGCCGCGUCCGUAG